AUGCCCCUCCACCAUUUGAUGAUCGGGACCUGGACCCCUCCGGGUGCUAUUUUUACGGUUCAGUUUGACGAUGAGAAGCUCGACAUUAAGUUGGUCAAGAGGACGGAGAUCCCCAAGGACGAGCCCAUAUCAUGGAUGGCCUUUGACCAUGCCAGGAAAAACAUUUAUGGUUCGGCCAUGAAGAAGUGGUCUAGCUUUGCUGUCAAGAGUCCAAGUGAGAUUGUCCACGAGGCAUCUCAUCCCAUGGGCGGCGAUCCCAAGGCUGCAUCACCCGACACAAACACUCGCGCCAUCUUCCUUCUGCCAGCCACCAAGCCCCCCUAUGCAGUCUACUGCAACCCCUUCUACAAGCCACACGCCGGCUACGGCAACAUCUUCAACGUUUCGGACACGGGCGCCCUGGCCACCAACGUCCAGGACUACCCGUACCAGCCCGACAGCGGAAUCCACGGCAUGGUGUUUGACCCGCCGACCGAGACCUACCUCUACUCGGCCGAUCUGUCGGCGAACCGCCUCUGGGUCCACCGCCGCCAUCUACCCGGCCGGAACCCCGCCGAGGUCGAGCUGGUCGGGUCCAUCGAGGCGCCGGACCCGGGUGAUCACCCGCGCUGGGUGGCCAUGCACCCGACCGGCAAGUACCUGUACGCGCUCAUGGAGGCGGGUAACCGCAUCUGCGAGUAUGUCAUCGACCCGCAGACGCACAUGCCCGUGUACACGCACCACUCGUACCCGCUCGUGCCCCCCGGAAUGCCCAAGAAGGACCGCGAGACGGGCAAGGGCCUGUACCGGUCCGACGUGUGCGCCGUGUCGUCCUCGGGCCGUUACCUCUUCGCCAGCGCCCGGUCCAACAGCUUCGACCUGACGGGCUACAUUGCCGCCUUCCGCCUGCGCGACGAUGGCUCCAUCGAGGAGCAGCUCUGUCUCAACCCGACCCCGACCAGCGGCGGUCAUAGCAACGCCGUGAGCCCCUGCCCCUGGAGCGACGAGUGGGUCGCCAUGACGGAUGACGAGCAGGGCUGGAUCGAGAUGUUCAGGUGGGAGGGCGAGUUCCUGGCCAGGGUUGCGAGGCUGAGGAUCCCCGAGCCUGGCUUUGGUAUGAAUGCCAUAUGGUAUGACUGA